AGUCUUUAUUUCUAUGAGCUCAACAACCACUUAACCUAAAAUACCGAAUAUUUGAAAAAAUCAGUAAUCAAUAGAAAUAAAAGAACAACCUUUUUAUGAGAAAUUAAUCUUUGCCUUGUGAACUAGCAAAUUUUUCGUAUUAAUUCUAAUAUUUCCUCAUCAUUAUGCUUUUCUACUCUUUCUUCAAAUCCUUAGUAGGGAAAGAUGUUGUCGUAGAACUUAAAAACGAUCUAAGUAUUUGUGGUACCCUGCACUCGGUAGACCAGUAUUUAAAUAUAAAACUCACUGAUAUAAGUGUGACAGAUACCGAUAAAUACCCACACAUGCUUUCUGUUAAAAACUGUUUCAUUCGAGGAUCUGUUGUUCGUUAUGUUCAAUUACCAGCUGAUGAAGUUGAUACACAACUCUUACAAGAUGCCGCACGCAAAGAAUCAGCUGUACCAACUAGAUAAUAUGAUUGAAGCACUUGGAUUGUUAUUUAUAAGAAUAGAAAAGUCUGACAACUGACCUGGAGAUGUGUGAAUAAUUUUUACCUUCUGUUCAGUCCUCUUUUUAUAGGAUUUUUUAUUUGAAUAUAUUUAUUUUCUGUUUGCUUGGGUAUCAUUCAGUGUAAUCAAUUCUUUUCAAUAUAAAAAUUAGCGACU